AUGUCUACUGCUGAAACACAAUCUGCCACACCUGCAGCAGCGGAGCCUGUGCCUGCGACGUCGGCCACUAGUAUGCUGCCUGCCGAGCCUGAGGCUUCGUCCAAGGCGGCUCUCGCUUCGGCGCUGCAGGAACAUGAGAUUGGCACGUCGUCAGACCUGGCGAAGCAGGGCGAGGAGCUGCGUACCGUGUUCCAGGACCCUGUGAACUUCAACGUAAAGCACCCGCUGUACCAUUCAUGGACGCUGUGGUUCGACAACCCUGUCCACAAGGGCUCAUCGAGCGCCAAGGAGCGCCGUGAGAGCUGGGGUGCCAAUUUGCACAAGGUCGUCGACAUUAAGAGUGUGGAAGAGUUUUGGGGCUUGUAUAACAAUAUCGUGCCACCUUCGACAUUGCCCCAGAGUGCCAAUUACUACCUGUUCAAAGAUGGUAUCCAGCCGGCGUGGGAAGACCCUGCCAAUGGUAAUGGCGGCAAAUGGAGUGUGCAGUUGCCGCGUGAAAAGCACCGCAACCAAAUCGAUAAGCUGUGGCUCUAUACCAUGCUGGCGGCUAUUGGCGAGAUGCUCGAGACGCCGACGCCUGACUCCAAGUUGCCAACCAAAAUCGAGGACGAAUUGGUGACAGGCGUGAUCUUGCAGGCGCGCUCGAACUACUACCGUAUCUCUGUGUGGACACGACGUGCAGACGACUGGGACGUCGAGGUGCCCGAGGGCGCUGAGGUGCCCGAGUCCGUCGCUGUGGGUCGCCGCCUUGUGGCACUUGGCCGCUUUUUCAAGACCGAGGUCCUGGGAUACCCACUCGACGCCAAGGUUGGUGGCGGUUUUUCCUCGGAAGUGGAGUUCCAGAGCCACAAGGACAGCGAAAAGAAGCGCGGCAAGCGCGGUCUUGUAUAG